UGUUGUGUUUACGAACACCGGACGUCGCAGUGUCAUAGCGGUGAGGGGGGGGGGAAUAAUCACGGUGGUCCCUUUUCUCAACAAAUUAAGCUGGAGGAUGUCUGUGGCAGCUCUUCGUCUGAUCCACUGUCGGAGACUGAGCACAGCUGGGCCGUCCGGAGUGAAGAAAGUGCUUCAGUGGAAAGAUUUCAGGAAGGUGGCUAAAGUAACUGGUGCCAUUGUCUUGGGUGGCUGUCUGUUUAUCACCUAUGAAAUGGUGGCCUUGGACAAGGCUGUGACCAUUGACACCAGUGCUAUUCUUCAAGAAAAGUACAAGUCUUACAUUUAUCUGAGAGCCACGCCUUCAGAUGAAAAGGAUAACCUUACUGCAGGGCUCACAAAUAAAGCUAGGAGAGAACUUCAUAAAGCUGCAAGGCGGUUUCUAGAAAUGUCAUCAAGGCUCUUUCUGCAAUCCCUAGACGAGCACUUUACUCACGUGGAUGCAGACCCACAUGAGGUGGCUUUAUGGGUCCUACUGAAGAAGACACAGUCAGCCAACAAAGCCAUCAGACUCCAAGCUGUCCAGGAGCUUGCAGACAAUCACCACUGGCAUGACUACCAGUACCAGACAGCAGCCCAGGUUAUAGACCAGAGAACAGCAGUGGGUCUGGCUCGGACUCCUAAAGUGGACCUUCGAUUCUUCUUGCGCUCACCUGCCCUGCCUGGAACUGAGGAUGGUUUGUCAGCAGAGGAUGGACUUAGGCAGCUUCUGGGAUCUCUGCCUCAGUCUGAGGUAGACAAAUGUGUUCAGUACUUCACCUCGCUGGCCCUCAGAGAGAGUACCCAGUCCUUGGCAGCACAACGGGGUGGAUUGUGGUGUUUCGGCGGUAAUGGGCUGCCUUACGCCCAGAGCCUCACCUCUGUUCCCUCUGAAAAGGUGGAGUCCUUCUGUCUACAAGCACUGGUACAGCACUCAAAGGUCCAGAGCCACUGUGAACACAUAGUUUCAAACGGGGGCCUGCAGCUGCUCCAGAGGGUUUAUCAGCUUCGUAGAGACUCCCUUAAGAUUCAGAGGAACAUUGUUCGUGUAAUAGGAAAUUUGGCCCUCAAUGAGAGCAUCCACCAGGCCAUAGCUCAGUCUGGCUGGAUUUCAGUCCUGGCUGAGAUGACGCAGUCUCCUCAUGUCAUGCAGGCGUCUCAUGCAGCGCGUGCUCUGGCCAACCUGGAUAGGGAGGCAGUUAAGGAGAAAUACCAGGAUGGUGUCUAUAUCCUCCACCCACAAACACGUGACAACCAGCCAAUCAAAGCAGACGUGCUCUUCAUCCAUGGGAUCCUCGGAGCAGCUUUUAAGACGUGGAGGCAGAAGGACCGCGAUACUUCAGAGGAAGAGAAGGAUGCAGAAGGAGAGGAUAAUUACACAGAGUGCUGGCCAAAGUCAUGGUUGGCUGCUGAUUGUCCAAAUCUCAGAAUUCUAUCAGUGGAGUAUGACAGUCACCUCAGUGAUUGGAUGGCCAAGUGUCCUGUUGAGAAUCAGAGGAAGUCGUUGGCCUACAGAAGUCGAGAGCUCCUAAAGAAGUUAAAGCUUGCAGGAGUAGGAGAGAGGCCUGUGGUCUGGGUGGCCCACAGUAUGGGAGGGUUGCUUGUGAAGAAAAUGCUCCUGGAUGCUGUAGAUGACCCUGAUAUGCAUGGACUGUUAAAGAACACAAAGGGCAUUUUGUUCUAUAGUGUUCCUCACCAUGGCACCUUCAUGGCAGAAUACUCAGUCAAUGUCAGAUAUCUCCUCUUCCCCUCUGUAGAAGUUAGAGAACUUUGUAAAGAUUCGCCAGCACUGCGUGACCUAAACGAGAACUUCCUGAACAUGGCCAGAGAAAAGGAAAUCAAGGUGCUGAGCUUCGCAGAGACGCUGCCGACAAACAUUGGUCCCAUGAUCAAGAUACUGGUGGUACCUUCACAGUCAGCAAGUCUUGGCAUCGGGGAGCUCAUCAAGGUUGACGUAGAUCAUCUCAACAUCUGUAAACCAGAGAAGAAGGACUCCUUUCUGUACAAGCGAAGUCUCCAGUUUAUCCAGGAAGCACUGCAGAGCUACAUCAGCCACUGAUUGAAUACUUGAACGUCAUCGCACUAAUAUGACCUACUGUAUACUUGAAAGGGUGGAUAGCAGUCACUUUCCUAACACCAAACAGAUUAGAAAAAUAAUUCUGUGUUACACAUUUACAAAAACAACCGCUGAUGUGAUAGAAGUAAAUGGACUUGAGCUUAUAUAGCGCUUUUCUAGUCUUCUGA